AUGGGAGCUGUAAGAGUACCUCUGACUGCACACUGUGUGGCCUUGUCCCUCCUCCAGAUGGUAGCAGUGAGUUCAGAACAAUUCAUUGUGAAUGGCUUACAGAGUCCAGUCUCGGUUCCAUUAGGUGGAAAUCUGGAACUCAGUUGUCAAUUGUCUCCACCACAACAAGCAAAGCAUAUGGAAAUUCGCUGGUUCCGGAAUCGCUAUACAGAGCCAAUAUACCUGUAUAGGAAUGGUAAAGACCUGCUUGGAGAAACUAUCUCUAAAUAUGUUGAGAGGACUGAACUCGUAAAAGAUGACAUUGGAAGAGGUCGAGUAACCCUCAGGAUCUUUAAAGUGACUGCUGAUGAUGCUGGGUCCUACCACUGCUUCUUCAAAGAUGACAAAUUCUAUGAAGAACAUAUCAUAUUGGUCAAUGUUGUAGCAACAAGUUCAGACAUACAGAUUCUUAUGCAUGCCCCUAAUACAAAAGGUGUAAUGUUGGAAUGUCAUUCAAGAGGUUGGUUCCCAGAGCCUCACAUGGAAUGGAGAGACAGCAAUGGAGUGCUCAUUCCAGCUACAUCAAAAUCCCAUUCACAAGAUGAAAACAAAAUCUUCACCAUGAAAACAUCUCUUCUGAUUGAAGCCAAGUCUCACUGGAAUGUCACCUGCUACAUUCAAAACCCUGUAACUUACGAAGAAGAAAGUAUAAGUGUUGUCCUACCAGGUAAAAUGUGUUUUUUCUCAAUAAUAGUCACUGUCACACAUACAUAUUAUUCUAUUCUUCCUUGA